UAUAUUUUUGGUCUUUGAAGCCCUCCACGGCAGAAGAAAGCAUUUCCCUUCCCCAUGGCCGACACCACCGCCGGCGCGACGGCGCUGUUGGAGCGGCGAGGGAAGUUUAGCCGCAGCGUGUCGCACGUGAACGACGAGUUCCACACGUUCCGCUCCUACCUCCGGUGGAUGUGCGUGGACCAGUCCAACCCCUUCACGGCGGUCGUGUCCUGGUCGGUCUUCCUCCUCCUGGCGGUGGCCGUCCCCGCCGCCUCCCACUUCCUCCUCGCCUGCCCCUCCUGCGACGGCCGCCACUCCCGCCCCUACAACGCCGUCGUGCAGCUCUCCCUCACCGCCGUUUCCACCCUCUCCUUCCUCUGCCUCGCCGCCUUCGUCCGCCAGUACGGCCUCCGGAGGUUCCUCUUCUUCGACAAGCUUUGCGAUGAGAGCGAAACUGUCAGAACCAACUACAUGGCACACCUCAAUAGGUCAUUGAAGAUUAUUUCGGUGUUUGUGGGGCCAUGUUUCGUGGCGGAGGGUGCAUACAAGAUAUGGUGGUACGCAUCUGGAGCCUCGCAAAUCCCAUUCCUGGGGAACGUGUACGUCAGCGAUUCGGUAGCGUGCAUACUGGAACUGUGGUCGUGGCUGUACCGGACGACGGUGAUCUUCAUCGUGUGCGUUCUGUUCCGUCUGAUCUGUCACCUCCAGAUCCUGCGGCUGCACGACUUCGCGAGAUUCUUCCACGUGGACUCGGACGUGGCUUCUGUGAUGUCGGAGCACCUUAGGAUCAGGAGGCACCUGCGAAUCAUUAGCCACAGGUUCCGCGCGUUCAUCCUACUCGCGCUGCUAUUGGUCACUGGAAGCCAGUUGGCGUGCCUCCUGGUCACAACCAAGCAUCCACACGAUAUGAACAUCUACAAAACCGGUGAGCUGGCGCUGUGCUCAGUGACGCUCCUUUCGGCGCUGUGCAUCUUGUUGCGGAGUGCGACGAAGAUAACGCACAAGGCGCAAGCGAUCACAGGGCUUGCUGCCAAGUGGCACGUGUGUGCGACGUUGGAUUCUUUUGAUGGAGUAGCGAUGGAAGGUGAGACACCAAUGGCUCCUCAGAGUUCCCAUGAAACAGUUUUUCCUAAUGUGGGAACAGAUGGGGAAUCGGAGACCGAUGAAGCAGGUGAUGAAGAAGAUGAAAUUGAUGAUACCAAGUUCAUCCCAUCCUAUGCUUAUAGCACCAUAUCAUAUCAGAAGAGACAAGCUCUUGUAAAUUACUUUGAGAAUAACAGAGCAGGGAUUACGGUAUAUGGAUUCAUGUUGGAUAGGAGUACGCUCCACACGAUAUUCGGCAUUGAAAUGUCACUAGUUCUUUGGCUUCUCGGGAAAACCAUUGGCUUCUCUUGAAGAGUCUUAUUUGGUUUAUUUCAUUAUAAUGCAUCAAGCAGAGCCCCAGAAAAGAAGAAAGAUAGCUUGUGAUUUGUGAAUCCCUUAUCUUUGAUCUAUUGAUCCCAGUUGCCUGCUGCUCGCACUUUAAAUUGGAUGACAAGUUUGUCGUGCAUUCGUUUUGUAAUUCUAUUUAUAUUUUGAUUAUUUUAUGAUAUUUUAUUUUAUUUUAAAAAUAAUAGAGUCAGAAUGUCAUCAUUUCUAUAAUUAUGAAUUAAAAAUAAUAAAUAACAUAUUAUUGCCUUAUAAGUGUCUAA